ACUGAUCUUGCUGUUGUUCAUGGCAACACCCUACAACUGAAAGCAAAUAAAGACAAUUUGAAAUAAGGUGUUGGUGAAUAAACUGAUUUGAACACCUUUAGUGUUUGUUCAAUCUGGGGUUCAAUGGCAAACCAGGAAGAAGGUUUAAAUAGAUGUUUUUAAUGGAAAGCAAGCAAACUGAUAUUUAGAUAACCAACACCAAUUUCUUGCUCUUGUAAGAUUACAAGACAAUGGAAUGGAAAGUUUAAUAACAAUGUCCAAAAGGACUAUUUGGUUUCACAAAAUAAGAAAUCUUUUAGCCAUAUUGUUCAAAUUAAAUUUAUCCUUCAAUGUAUGCCAUAAGAUCCGGUUAAAACAAUUGAGCAACUGCCUGUUCCACCAGAUGGAAGAGUUUUCGAAACUAAACCCAUGCUGCAGUGAAACAUCUUUCCAGUAUAAGAACUCAAUGAUAACUUGCCAAGCCUUCCAUAUGAAUUGAAGAGGAAAGGAGGCUUUUGAGCGGAAAAAAAGAGCAAGCAGAAUCUUGUGAACUCAACCAACGUCUUGCGAUUUUUUAUUGGCUGUAGCAAGAAUGAUACGGUGACGAAUGAGCUUUUUCCAAGGUUCUUCUGGUGAAGUUAUUGGACUUCAUUGAUGCAGAGAUAGGGAAAAUUUUGAGUGAAAUCAAAAUCUUAAGAUCUCUCUUCAUCCAUGAUCCGAAAUCCCGCCUUCAGUAUGAGAAGUUUCAGGAAUAUGGUGUGGGUACGCAAAGCUAUCUCCAGGAAGAGAAGCAACCCAUGACUAUAAUGAAGCAUAAUUCGGAUGGCGGGUUCCCUUCAAUUCAAAAAUGCGAGUAUGGGAUCGAAUUAUAUUAAUCAGAAGAAAAGGCUAAUUAAGUUCGUUGGAUUCAGUACUUUUUCUUCUUCAAAAGUAAGAGCAAACGAUUCAAAACUCCAUGAAAGUACCAACAACAAGAGCUUCCUCACUGCCGAAGUCUUUGUUGGUCUUUUGCAGGGCUGCACUAAUAAGAUAUCCUUAGCCGAAGGAAAACAAGUGCACGCCCAAGUCGUAAAGGCUGGCCUAUCUCUGGGCAAUCAUCUUCUUCACAUGUAUGCGAAAUGCUUGUGCGCGGAGGAUGCUCGCCGAGUGUUUGACAAAAUGCAGGUUAUGUGAAAUGUGGGAUUUUGGAAGUUGCUCGUGAACUGUUUGACAAAAUGCCUGAACGGGACACAGUUUCUUGGAAUGCCAUGAUUGCAGGAUAUGCUAAAAAUGGACUGGCGGAUCAAGCCUUGGCGCUCUACUGGGAAAGGUGGAGUUCAGGAUUGAGACAGGAUAAGUAUUUGGUUGCCAGUGUGAUCAGUGCUUGCGCAGGCUUGCUCGAUUUGGAACAGGGGAAGACAAUCCAUGCUUCUGCUAUUAAAAUUGGACUCCUGUCGGAUGCUUUUGUGGAGAGUGCUCUUGUUGACAUGUAUGCAAAAUGCCGGUGUAUAGAGGAUGCUCAACAGGUUUUUAAGAAAAUGUCUAAACGAGAUGUAGUAUCUUGGACGGCCAUGAUUUCUGGUUAUUCAUGUUGUGGAAACGUCGUAGAUGCACGCCAGUUGUUUGACAAAAUGCCUGAACGAAAUGUGUUUUCAUGGAAUGCAAUGGUAGGAGGAUAUGCACAGAAUGGGCAUGGGGAAGAAGCUGUAAGAUUAUGGCGUCAAAUGCAGAGUACUAGUAUUAAGAUGAACAAUGUUACUUUUGUUGGUGUUUUGAGUGCCUGUGCUAGCCUGGCAGUGUUAGAGCAGGGUAGGCAGAUUCAAGGUCUUGUUAUUAGAAGUGGAUUUGUGUCAGAUGUUGUUGUAGGUAGUGCUCUUCUUGACAUGUAUUCAAAAUGUGGCAGUGUAGAGAGUGCACGGCAACAUUUUGAAGAAAUGCCACAACGAGAUUUGAUUUCGUGGAAUUCUAUGAUUACAUCAUAUGCCCAGAAUGGCUACGGAAAGGAAGCCCUGCAGAUCUUUGAACAAAUGUUGCAGGUAGGCAUGAAGGCAAACCACAUUACCUUUAUUGGUGUUCUUUCUGGAUGCAAUCAUGCUGGCCUAGUGGAGGAAGGUUGUCGUUAUUUUGACUCAAUGAGUAGAGAUUAUUUUGUUACACCUAUAAUUGAGCAUUAUUCUUGUAUGGUCGACAUCCUUGGUCGAGCUGGGCACCUGGAUAAGGCGUUGGAUUUAAUAAAAAACAUGCCUUUUGAACCCAAUUCUACUGUUUGGGGAGCAUUGCUUGGUGCCUGCAGAGUUCAUGGCAACACGAAACUUGGAAAACAAGUGGCAGAGUGCCUCUUCAAGUUGGAGCCAGAAAAUCCUGGGCCUUAUGUGCUGCUCUCAAACAUCUACUCCGCAGCUGGCAUGUGGGAAGAUGCUGCAAAGAUACGAAAAUUUAUGAAAGAGAGGGGUGUUAACACAAAGCCUGCGUACAGCUGGAUAGAGGUUAAUAAUAAGGUGCAUAUAUUUUAUGUUGGAGACAGGUCAAAUCCUGACAGAGAGGAAAUCUAUGCAACUCUGGAGAGACUCGCUACAGAGAUGAAGUUGGCAGGGUAUAUUCCUGAUAUAAAUUUUGUGCUACAUGAUGUGGAGGAGGAAUACAAGGAACACCUCCUUUUGUAUCAUAGUGAAAAAUUAGCUGUUGCUUUUGGUCUUAUUCGCACACCUCCUGGGACGCCUAUCCGCAUCUUCAAGAAUCUUCGUGUAUGUGGUGACUGCCAUACUGCGAUCAAGCUUAUAUCUACUAUCGCUGGAAGGGAAAUUGUUGUGAGAGAUGCUAUUCGCUUUCAUCAUUUCAGGGAAGGCUCAUGUUCUUGUGGGGAUUAUUGGUGAUUAAGAGUAUUUUUCAUAAGAGAGUGGGAUAUUCAAAGAUGAUUUUUCCAGCAAUAUUAACAAUGUUGAGCAUGUACAUUAAAGUUUCUGAUGGGUGCCAUAUUGCGUGAAUUUGUAUGUUGGAGAUAGGAAGAUGUCUUAUUCUCAUCUGAUGGCACUUUCAGUGGUCGCACCAAUUUGUGAAAACACUAUUGUAUUUCACUCUAAGAGUUGCAAACUUGGGUUCUGCGUAAUUAUCUGUGAUUUUAGCUCAGAAGAUUUUGGAGCAAAGUACAAUGAAAAUGUUCAUCGCAGAUAAUUCUGUUACCAUGCCUACAGGCUACAGGUUAUUUUUAAACGUAUUAUGGUUCUGCACCAAAGAUUUGUCACUUGAUUUUUUCAGCAUAUUUUAAUGAAGACUUACACAAAAUACAUGCGGCAAUUGAUAAAAAAGUACCCCAAGUACCCCACUGUGUUUGAACAGGUGCAAAUUUCUAGCCCAUGGUCGCAAGUAGCAGCUUAAAAGCCUUCGUCUGUUAAGAAUGCCACUACAGAUUCAGGAGAAAUAUCAAAAUUUUGCAGAUUCGGUAUUUGAAAGGUUUCAUGGGACAACCUGUGCAAUAUAAAAACAAGCAGUGUCCUCCUCAAUGGGACCCCACUGUAACGAGUAUAAGUUUCAUUUGGCUUAUUGGUUGCUUUUGAUCUAUGGAAUGCAAUGCAGGCACAUUCUUUGAAAUUGUCUAUACAUGCUUUAUGGGGAUGUAAUUCUAAAAUUGUGAACUGCAAAGGAUGUAUAUUUAUUAUUUCUAUGUUGGUAAUC